AUGUUACCCACCAACCCCCAGAAGGCCCUCAUGGAUGUGGAAUGGAUGAUGAGCCUCUCGGCUCUCAGGGCGUUCAUCGAAUAUUGCGGACAGACCCCGUUUUCGUUCGAGUACAGACCAAAUUUCAGUACACAGGUCAAUCGCGUCGAGGGCAUACUCACACUCGAGAACGGGGAACUGACCAUUUGUCUGGAGAAUGGUGCGAAAGCCAGUUUCGUUUCUAUGCGGCACCCUAUGGUGUCGUUUAACAUGCCACAGGAUGAGAACUUUCUUAAGACUUUUGACGAUGCACGGGCGACCUUUCGAACUGAGUGGAUGGCACCGGAAGAAAGCAAG